GUGGGUCCCGUCCGAGCGAGAAUGUGCGCGGCUGCUUCCUAGCUGGACAGAGGCGAUGCAUUGCAGGCGAGCCCCGGGGUGAUACUUCGCCUCUGCUGCUGCUGCUUUCGGGCGGUGCUCCAGGAGACAUGGCCCUUAGCAGGAAGGCGGAAGUUUUCCGAAAGAAGGUGUUGGAGAAACUCUUUCCUGUUCCUUCUGAUGUAGUAUCUUCAAGUGGUCCAGUUUCAGAGCAAGAAGUUCCUGAGAGUACUGCAACUUUACAAGGAUGCCCCCAUUUACCAGAUAAGAAGAGUCUGAUGCUACCUCCAAGAAAAAUAUACACAGUGACUGCACCUCCUGAUGAUUAUGUACCAGCUGCUAAUGAGGAAAUCAGUCACAAAAAUCCCGAGGAUGAUGAUGCCAGUGAGGAUGACUUUCCGGAGGAGAAUGAUCAAGGACAGCCCCAGAGAAAACGCAUUCGAAGGAAGAAACGAAAGAGUGUUUUGCAAACCUCUGAUCAUUUACAUGAAGGCCAAGCAGAAUGUGGAAAGCAUGAAAAUCUGAUUGAAGAUAACUUACAGCUGUGGCACACAGACAGCCCAAACCUAAGUCGAAACAAAAAGAGGAAACUGAAAAAGAAGCGACACAAAGAAAAGAUGAGAGCAGCUGGCUUGCUGACAAAACCAACUGCUAUAGAUUUUACAUAUAACCCUGAGAAGGAGGGAGGAACAGACUUUGAAGAUGCAGAUAAAAAAGUAGACGAUAUUCUGGACUUUUUGCAAGCCACACAAGAAAUCUAUUUCUCUGACAAGAGAUCAAAAUGUGCAGAGUCAACUGUGAGUUUAGAAAGCAUUCAUGAGAUUCUGCAGAGUCUUGAAUCUCACACCAUGUCUUCCUCGGAUGUCACUCUUCUGCAUCAGAUGAAAGCCCUUGUUCUUCUGCAGGACAUCAAAAGACUAAAAGAUGCUAUGGAAGAGUUUCAUGUGCAGUCCAUGAUGCCUCCAGAAACCGUCGAGUGGCUUACAGCAGAAUGCCGGAGCCGUCCACGUGGGGGCUGCAGCCGUCUUCCCCGCAACUGCCGUGUGAUGCCUGUUGAGUCAUGAGAACCGCAAGCUUAGGAGCACAAAAUUUCAUCCAAGAAAAUCUCUGUGUGGAGGUACUGUAGGACAGCAAGCAGAGCCAGAGUGGUUCACCCCAGUUUAAAAAAGAUACACAGGAAGAAAUAAGGAUUGGAAAUAAGAGACUGGAGCACAGAGAGACUUAAAAGUCAAAUAAAAAAGGAGAGUGACUGGAAAAGAGUCACUGAAGAGGCAAAUAGAUCAUACAUGGUCCAGACAACAGGAUAAAAAAGACAAGAUGGACAGCAGAAAUUAAAGUGAGGAGAGGAGGAUUAAAGUGAGGAGAAAAGAGGAAGAGCAGGAAGGCUAAUAAGAAUAACUGCUUGAUCAAGACAGGAAUGACUAAGAAUCUAACUAGGGCCUGGUGCCCUCCAAAAUGUUUUAGAGUACAACUCCUAUGAGCCCUAGCCAGCUUGGCCAAUGGUUAAGAACUUGUAAUCCAAAAGAAAACCACAUUGCCUUUCCCUGAAACUGGCUCUUAUCUAAAGCGACUCAUUUCCUUAUCUACCUUUUAUCCUUCUUAUAUAAUAAAAGUUUAGAGUCAUUCCUACUUGAAGCAACUCAUGUAAUAGCUGUAACUA